AUGACGCUAGGUGCGAUAUUUGAAGAGAACGCGGUGCGAGACGAUGAGGUGUUUCAGCUGGCCGUGUCAGACCUCAGUCUGAGCGACGACAUCCUCCACAGCGAGAAGAUCACUCAUUCCAUCAAACUCAUCGAGCCCAACAACCCUUUCCAGGCGGUGCAGGAAGCCUGUGAGCUGAUGAACCAGGGCAUCCUGGCGUUGGUCACCUCCACAGGCUGCGCCUCGGCCAGCGCCCUGCAGUCCCUGACGGACGCCAUGCACAUCCCCCACCUGUACAUCCAGAGGAACGGUGACGGCUCUCCCAGGACGGCCUGCCAGUUCAACCCCAGCCCCGGAGGGCAGCGCUACACGCUGGCAGCCCGGCCGCCCGUACGCCUCAACAAUGUGAUGCUGACGCUGGUGGAGGAGCUGCGCUGGCAGAAGUUCAUCGUCUUCUACGACGUGGAGUACGACAUCCGCGGCCUGCAGGGCUUCCUGGACCAGACGUCCCGUCAGGGUGUGGAUGUGGCGCUGCAGAGGGUGGACAGGAACAUCAGCAAGGUCUUCACCAACCUGUUCACCACCAUGAGGACUGAGGAGCUGAACCGCUACCGGGACACGCUACGCAGAGCCAUCCUCCUGCUCAGCCCACAGGGGGCGCACAUGUUCAUCCAACAGGCUGUGGAAACAAACUUGGCCUCCAAGGACAGCCACUGGGUCUUUGUGAAUGAGGAAAUCAGCGACACUGAGAUCCUGGAGCUGACCCACAGCGCUCUGGGCCGCAUGACUGUGAUCCGGCAGAUCUUCCCGCUCUGGAGGGACAGCAGCACUCGGUGCAUGAGGCAGAACCACCGGGUCUCCUCACUGCUCUGCGACCCACAGGAAGGAUACCUGCAGAACCUGGAG